AUGCGGAGAAUCGGCAUCGCAUCGAUUUUCCGAUGCGAUGUCCGAUACCUGGCUUGCGAUGCCGAUGUUAUCGGCAGACCAGCCCAGCCUUUCAAAUCCGGUACCUACGGCUUGAAGGACUCGCACCUCAACUCAUCGGAUGAGAGCAGUGACGAGGAUCGAUCGAUCAAGACUCGUGAUGAUACCGUCAACUGCGCUGGUUUGUCGGCCAUCUCCAAGGAUCGACCACCUGAAGGGCUCUCUGACCCUCCAGUGUUCAAUACGUCCAUCUCACCCACUCGUCCUAACGUCAACUCAAACGCUUCUGUCAAGGAUGUUUCGGUCGUGACGACUAUCACCAGUCAGACUCAAUUCACUGAGUCAUUGAACCGAUUACCUGAGAGCCUCGCCAAGACCAUCCAGUCUCCGAAAAUGAAGCGCGUACAUAAAUCUAGUGGCAAGCAAGGAACGCCAAGGAAUCGCGCUGCUUUGGGUGGGAACUCGACUUCAAGGGACCCACAAGCACCUCCUGUAGCAGUAGCUGAUGUUUCUGCCUGA